AUGGAUUCAGAGAAGUUCCUCUCCUCUUUCUGCAUUCCUGAUCCCUCUCAGAUGUGGGAAUACCAAAUUGGAAACAUUUGGUGCGAGGGUAGAAUAGCACUUGCAUCAAAUGCAACGGAAAGCAGUAGUGGUGACCAGCAGUACUCUAUGAAUGAAUCAUACAAGUCCCCAGCUAAUGCAGCAGCUGUAAGGUUGUUGGCUUCAUUGGAAGCCACAAACUCCAUUGGAUUAGUUGAAAAUGCCCGUCAGUCAUCAAAUAUUGAAGAGGGAUACAAAUUUGAGUCAAGGUUGGUAAUUCCAGUCAAGAAGAGGAGCGAGUUGGUGGAAGUAGAUGCAUUCCUGUUGGACAAAACUAUUUGGAAGGACUUAAUUCUUUGGAUUGAACAAAACUGGAAGCCACCUAAUGGGAAAAAGGCAAUCAGUUGCUUCAUGCUGCGCUUCUUCCAGCACCGGAUGAUGGUACAGAUUUACUGUGUCAAUUCAAAGACACAGCACUGCAAAGGCAGAGAGGGAUACAAAUUUGAGUCAAGGUUGGUAAUUCCAGUCAAGAAGAGGAGUGAGUUGGUGGAAGUAGAUGCAUUCCUGUUGGACAAAACUAUUCGGAAGGACUUAAUUCUUUGGAUUGAACAAAACUGGAAGCCACCUAAUAGGAAAAAGGCAAUCAGUUGCUUCAUGCUGCGCUUCUUCCAGCACCUGAUGAUGGCACAGAUUUACUGUGUCAAUUCAAAGACACAGCACUGCAAAGGCAGAGAAAGGCAAAAGGACAUCAUCAAAACAGUCCAAGAGAGAGAUUCACAACCAUUUACUCAGGAACAGGACAAUCCACUCAUACUGGAUCAUGACAUGUAUCCCGUGAACUUACAGCAUUGCCUGAACCAACCUGAACUGAGGAUUCCAUUAAAUAAGCUGCCAGGAUUUUACGCACUUAUUGAAAACUUUGCUGCUCUUCACUUGAAGGAUGACAACAUGCCAAAAUUGAGGACAUUCAUCAACAAGGUUUUACGCAAACUACGCAAUGCUGAAAGGAAUACUUGGAAGGAAGCACUUGGCUUGAAGGAAAGAAGUAUUGAUGGCGCUGAUUCAACACAACUUACUAAUAAUUUUGCCGCUAAUUAUGAAAGUGCAAAAAGUUUGAAAGAAUUGAAGAAUGUGUUCAUUGGUAACAGUAAGGAGCAAACGGAAUUGAUACGGGUGGUUUUGGAAAACAAAAACUGA